AUGGCGGAGUCUCAAAACAGGUCGUCCCGGAAACCUCCAUUGGCUUUCAACACUGCUUCAUCGCCGGUCUACCAUUACCUAUCCCCGGAGAAUGCUAUUCGUUACGCCAACAAUGAUCGCCAGAAAAAUAACUGCUGCAGGUGCUUUUGUUGUCUCUGGUGUUUCAUCGGUAUUAUACUCACUCUGGCCGUGCUCCUUUUCAUAGCCGCUGUUGCUUUUUGCUUGAUUAUCAAGCCAGAAUCGCCUUAUUUCGCAAUCGACAGUAUCGCUGUGAGGGGAAUGAACCUCACGUCAACGUCUGUUAUUUCGCCGGCGAUUGACGUGUUCGUUAGGGCUGAUAACGGUAACAACAAGAUUGGAAUUUACUACGAGAAGGAAAGUACCGCGGAAAUAUUUUACAGAGAUGUUAGUCUCUGUAACGGCGUGUUACCGGCGUUUUAUCAGCCGACAAAUAACGUGACGGUGUUUCAGACUGUGUUGAAGGGUAGCGGCAUUAAACUUGCGGAAACGGAUCGGGAGGCGUUGGUGAAUGAUGUUGCGAAAUGGAGCGUGCCGUUAACGUUGACGACGAGGGCACCGGUGAAAAUCAAAGUGGGGCCUGUUAAGACAUGGAAGAUCGGGGAUUUUGUGUUUGAGUGUGAUGUGACGGUUGAUCAGUUAACGGCGCAGGCGAAGAUUGUGGACAGUGAUUGUAGUUAUGGAUUGGAUCAUUGA